AUGGUUCUCUGUGUCGGAGUCACCGAUAUGUACCAUAGUGGUAUCGGAGGGGGUGGGUUCAUGUUGGUUCGGGCACCCAAUGGAACGUUUGAAUUCAUCGAUUUCCGCGAAACCGCCCCAGCUGCCGCCUUUCAGGAUAUGUACAGUGAUGAUACGAAUGCAUCAAUCUAUGGCGGCUUAGCAAGUGGCGUCCCUGAAGAGCUUCGUGGGCUGGAAUAUAUCCACAAGAACUAUGGUGUUCUUCCGUGGUCGACUGUGCUGCAACCAGCCAUCAAGACUGCCCGCGAAGGGUUCCCUGUUACAGAGGAGAUGGUUCGCACCAUGGAAUCAGUCGUUGGAGACGGUGAAGAUUUCCUAUCCAAGAACCCAACAUGGGGACUUGAUUUUGCUCAUAAUGGAACUUUGCUGGGUCUUGGAGAUAUUAUAACCAGAAAGCGUUACGCAGACACGCUUGAGGCUAUUGCUGAUCAAGGACCAGAUGCUUUCUAUACCAGACCUAUUGCAGAGACUGUGAUCAAUGCCAUCCAGGCUGCAAAUGGGACCAUUACUCUAAAUGAUUUGAGAAGCUAUUCAGUAGCUAUCCGGAAUAUUUCACAAAUUGACUACCGCGGCUUCAAGGUUACCAGUACAACGGCUCCAUCAAGUGGAAUUGUCGCCAUGAGUGUUCUAAAGACAUUAAACACUUAUGACAACUUCCUCGCCCCGAAUAAUGUGAAUCUUAGCAUCCACAGAAUGGAUGAAGCGAUUCGAUUUGGUUAUGGAGAGCGAGCCAAUCUAGGUGAUCCCUCCUUUGUUGAAGGCAUGAGCCAAUAUCAAGAGGACAUGUUGAAGCAAUCCACUACAGAUGCAAUUCGUGGGAAGAUCUCGGAUUUCCACACGCUUUACGUGUCUUCAUAUGACCCAGAAGGGUUUGAAAGCCUUGAUACUCCCGGAGCAUCCCACAUAGCUGCAGCUGAUCACCAAGGAUUGGCUAUCUCCAUCACCACUACGAUCAAUUUGCUCUUUGGAAGCCAAUUGAUGAUUCCAGAAACAGUCGCGUUAGAUUUCUCCGUCCCCGGCUCUUCCAACGCCUUUGGAUAUAUCCCCUCGCCAUCCAACUACAUCCGGCCCGGAAAGCGGCCACUGUCAUCCAUCAGUCCUACCAUUGUGACCCGCCCUGAUGGAAAGCUAUUCUUUAUCACGGGAGCAGCGGGAAGAAGCUGGAUCAUCACCACUACUAUCCAGAACACUAUCCACGCGGUUGAUGAAGGACUUUCUGCGGCGGAGGCCCUUGCUCGUCCUCGCCUACAUGAUCAACUGGUGCCGAACCAAGUUCUUUUCGAGUAUGAUUACGACAAUUCCACAGUCGCGUACAUGAAGCAACGCAGGCACAAUGUGACCUGGGUUGAUCCUCGCCUACCUGACUGGAAAUGGACUUUCGAGGCGGCUGGGGAGCCGAGACAGUCAAACUCCGGUGGCUUUGCAGUAUAA